GCAGAACGGAGCUGCUAUCACAGCGACUACUCCACAUGUGGACAUCGCCGUCCAGACUCAGGAUCGGCCGAGCACCCAGGAAAAAGACACAGCCUUAAGCUAAUAGCUGCGCGAUCAAUUGGCGCGUGGCUCGUGAAGAAUGGAGAACACCGAUGGAUUCAAGAGGAAGCUCUCCUUCCUCGGCUUCGGCAAACGGGUAUCGGUCGACGGGCAUGGAGCGGAAACGGGACCGGAGCUGGACGAGGAGAUGGAGAAGGUCUUCGCGAUGGACGCUGGAGACAAAUUCGACGUGGCCCGGCUCGGUUCGCCCACAGAAUCGGCUGGAUCCGAUCGAGAUCGUGAUCGCGGCCCACCGCCACGAUAUGGCGAUCGCGAUUUCAAUCAACACCGGAAAAAGAGCUACCCUCAUCCGCACAUGCCUCUGAAAAGCCUGCAUUCCAGAUCUAUGCGGCGACACUUUUCACCUGAAGGAUCGGCGACAGAAGUAUCUAUUGAAGAGGACCACAGCAACGCUCAGACAAAGAGUAACGAAGUCCAAGGAGUCCAGGGAGUCCAGGAAGUUGACGGUGUGAACAAUGGGUUACAGUCGACUGUUGGGGCAGUUGGGACUGAGACCGAAAUCGACGAUAAAGUGGCGGAAGAGACGGAAAAUGUAAUCAGCAGCGAGAGCGAAGCACUCGUCUCGGAGAGGGCAGCUUCCGCUUUUGGCGAUAGCCCGACUAUUGGCAGUCCGAGGGUGCAGUUUGAGAAUAUCAAGGAGGAAGAUGUGCCGAACGCGCAAACGCUAGAAGCGCCGACGGAUGCUGCUCAGAGCGAAGAUGAUCGGAAGUGCCGACGACAUCAGAAGCACGAGCAUAGACGCCACCAUCAUAAAUCGCGCAAGUACUCUCUGCAGGAAGAUCCGCAAUGGCGAAAACGAUCAGGAGCCGGCCUCCCAGACAGCUCCAGCCUGUUGACUCGACGCGUCAGCGUUCAGCCAGAGGAGGCGAGUACCCUGCAGGAGCUGGACAUCGAUGACCUGGAGUCGCAUCGUAGCGAUGACCCGCGCGGCAUGCGCCGGCACAAAGCUGCUCACUCGACGGUCCAAAUCGGCCGACGAAAGGAGGGCGGUAUACCUCACGAUACCUUCAAGAAGAUGUACGACCAUUCACCACACGAAGUGUUCGUUCAGUUGGACGAAUUGCAUGGCAUGGGCGAUGAGUGCGAGUGGCGUGAGACCGCCAGGUGGAUCAAAUACGAGGAGGACGUCGAAGAAGGCGCCGACCGGUGGGGUAGACCUCAUGUAGCAUCCCUGAGCUUCCAUUCGCUACUGAACCUCCGUCGGUGCUUGGAGAUUGGCGUUGUUCUGCUCGAUCUGGAGGAGAAGACUUUGCCCGGAUUGGCCUAUAGGGUGGUCGAUCAACUGGCCGUGGACGGGCAGAUCCUGGUCGAGGACAAGCCAAUCGUAAUGCGGACGCUGCUGCUCAAGCACAAGCAUGUGCACGAGCACGAGCGCGGCUUCCGUUUCGGCGGCAGAAAGAGCUAUUCCAGUUACACUAGCCUUCAGUCCAUCUGGCUGGAGGAAGAAGAUGCUGCGCGGGAAGCCGCUGAGAACCAUGUAACCCGACAUAGUCUGCACGAUGCAAAACCGAAGAUCGUGUCGUCGAACUUGGCACUCGAUAGUAAUCACACGGUGAUCGACAUAAAAGAGGAGCUAACAUACACGAGCAGUAACGAGGAUCUGAAGAGAGGUCACAACGAUUAUAUCUUGAAGAGGAUUCCAGCCGGUGCCGAGGCGACGGUCGUUCUCGUCGGCGCUGUUGACUUUCUGGAUCAGCCAACGAUAGGCUUUGUGCGACUGGCCGAGGGUGCGAUCUUACCGUCUCUCACGGAAGUAAAAAUACCAGUGAGAUUCAUGUUCAUCUUACUAGGACCGAGAGACGCGGAACUGGACUACCAUGAGAUCGGUAGGUCGAUCUCCACCCUAAUGGCGAAUACGUCGUUCCACAAAAUCGCCUACAAGGCCACUGAGAAGCGAGAAUUGCUGUCGGCUAUUAAUGAGUUCCUGGACGAUUCAAUCGUACUGCCACCCGGCGACUGGGAGAGACAGGCCUUACUGCCGUUCGAUGAACUCAAGGCGAAGAGUGAAGCGAUCAAAAAGAGAAAGGAGAAGGCACUCGAGAAGAGUAAGCCGGUGCAGAAUGAAGCGAUUAUAAAAAAAGCUCUUUUGGCGGGCGAAGAAGAAAAGAAACCAUUGGACGACGAUGAGGACCCGCUGCGACGUACCAAACGACCAUUCGGAGGUCUCAUCAAUGACAUCAAGCGUCGCUAUCCGUUCUACGGGUCCGAUUUCAUAGACGGUCUGAACUCGUCUUGCCUCGCGGCGGCAAUCUUCAUGUAUUUCGCUGCGCUGUGCACCGCUAUCACCUUCGGCGGGCUGAUGAGCGACAAGACUGAGAACACGAUCGGCAUCUCCGAGACUCUGAUCUCCGGCUCGUGGACGGGUGUGGUGAUGGCACUGUUCGCCACGCAGCCACUGGUCAUCAUUGGCACGACCGGUCCACUUUUACUGUUCGACGAAAGUCUGUACAACUUCUGCCAGGUGAACGAGCUCGAGUUCCUCACCGUGCGGGUAUAUGUUGGCGCCUGGAUGGGCAUAAUUGCCCUGGCGAUCGCUUGCGUUGACGGCUCGGUUCUUGUACGGCUCUUCACGCGCUUCACCGAGGAGAUCUUUACUGGGCUGAUCUCUAUUCUCUACAUUGUCGAGACAUUCAUCAAGCUUUACAACUACUUCGUGCGUAAUCCACUCCACCAUGAAUAUAGCUUCGGACCCGACGCUAACGAUACUAUUAUCUACCCGCUCUACGUCACCGAGAUGAAGGUCAGCAGAUCGCCAUGGAACGGAACUGAAGAAAUCAUACGAUUGGAGAACGCUCGCGAGUUGAUACCUAGUCACAACGAGGUUGGGAUGUUGAUCAAUCAACCCAACACAGCUCUGAUGUGCACUAUUCUAUGCCUCGGUACCUUUCUGGGUGCCUACUACCUGAGGAUCUUCCGUAACAGCCAUUACUUGGGACGUAGCGCCCGACGAGCCUUCGGAGACUUUGGCGUGCCCAUCAGCAUUAUCAGCUUCGUCUUAAUCGACUUUCUGGCUACAGUAAAAACCGAAAAGUUACUGGUCCCGGAAGGACUCUCUCCGACCAUGCCCGACAGAAGUUGGUUCGUCUCUCCCUUCGGUUACACGAAACCAAUCCCGCUCUGGAUGGCGCUAGCCUGCGUGGUACCGGCACUCCUAGUUUACAUUCUGGUGUUCAUGGAAACGCAAAUAUCAGAAUUGAUCAUCGACAAGAAGGAGCGCAAACUGCGAAAAGGUAACGGCUACCACAUGGACAUCGUGGUGGUGUGCCUGAUGAACGUCGGAUGCGGCUUGAUGGGCGCGCCCUGGUGCUGCGCCGCGUCCGUGCGCUCCCUCACUCACGUGUCCGCCGUGACCGUAAUGUCGCGCACCCACGCGCCUGGUGACAAGCCGCACAUCGUCGAAGUAAAGGAGCAACGGGUAAGCGCUCUCCUGGUCGCGAUACUGAUUGGCGUGAGCGUGCUGAUGGCGCCGCUGCUGCGGCGGGUGCCGAUGUCCGUCCUACUGGGUGUGUUCCUCUACAUGGGCAUCUCGUCGACGAACGGCGUGCAGCUAUUCGAUCGCAUCAAGCUGUACUUCAUGCCGGUGAAGCAUCACGGCACGGCGAAUUACGUGCGCCGCGUGCAGACGUCCAAGAUGCACAUCUUCACCGCCGUACAAAUCCUGUGCCUGACUGUGCUGUGGAUCGUCAAGAGUACCAAAGCCGCCCUGGCCCUGCCAUUCUUCCUCAUCCUAAUGAUACCGUUGCGCACUCAGAUGAGCCGCUUCUUCACCGCCGCGGAGCUGCGCGCCCUCGACAGUAAAGGGUCCGAGCACGACGUCGAAGAUGAGCUCGACUUCUAUGAGGAGGCUCCGUUACCUGGUUAGACUGUGCCUUAAUCGACUACUCGGUAUCAUGACGUGUUUCCCUCCGAAUUCGUCUGUCCUUGUAUCUUCCGAAACUAUUAUUCUACACUUCUACCUGUUCCAUAUCAGGGUCACUAAAAAAUAUCAUCUAGCGACACAGUCCGUGAAUUACAGAGUUCUAUUUUCAUCAGAUCGACAUACAUGAUGUUUCGGGUCCAUUGAUGGGAGGCUUAUAAGCGGUGUAAUGUGGUUUAGAUAGAUAAGGCGCUAUAGGCGUAGAGAGAAAAUUGACAAUUGUCAGACUGUCAAGUCUCGGUUGUGGAUCAUCAGUUUGCACAAAUCCUAUUCGAUUCCACAGAAUUUUGCUUCCAUUCAUCCUUCUCGUUUUAAAAAUCCUCAUUUCCACUUUAUCUCCACGUAUUUUCAAUUGCACUUAAUAUUUCUGUCCCUCCAAUCUUCACGAAUCUCAGGAUACACGAUCGUAAAGGUCCCUCUUCAGCGAUUUAUUUGAUUCAGUAUACUUCCAUGUAUUCCAUAUUUCCAGCUGCUUUUUAUUGUAGAGCUGCAUAUAAAUAGUGCAACGGUGCAUUUCAAAGUGAUUGAUUCAUUCGCACACGCGUAAGUGAUAAGGGAUACGUUUGCGUUUCUUGAAAUUAAAUGGAAAAUCGGUGCCUCUGAGUGCCUAAGUUCGUGCUCGACGAUACAAUGCUCAGGAAAAGUUAUUGUGUAAUGGCACGCGUAAGGAUAGAGUGCCAAAUCGAGAUCAAUACUUGGCUACUGGCGAUCGCAAGGAUUACUGUUCCAGAUCCUUUCUCUUCUUCCCUUCCUUCCACAAAUGUAAUUAUACAAUAAUACCGUAUAAUUCCUUUGAGUCCUUAAUUGUUCAAAGAUAUAUAUCAAGCAGUUUACAAAGCUAAGAAUCAAAUUCUUAAAUCCUACCAGUCCACUUAGGUUUUCCCUCCUAUCUACAUUUGUGCGCGCUCAAGUGCAAAUCCUCGAAUUUAUAAGUACUUACGGUACGCAUUUAUUGUGAGUCGCGUGUAGGCAUAAAAGAAAGUUGAUCCUUCGCGUUUUUUAUUUUAUGAGAAUGACAGUACUUUGCAUUAUAAUUAGAUUUAAAAAUUUUAAUUUUCCUAUUUCCCUUAAUUUCGCUUAAAGCGAUCUCUGAUUCUUAUGCGCUCGCUCCUCUUUCUAUUUACGUAUAUUACAUAAUAUCCUUAAAUUCGUACUUAUAUGCAUUGUUACACAAGAUAUACUUACACGCGCAUAAAAUCCUUGAGGUAAUCUCCUUUUCUUGCACGGGUACUUAUAUUCACUUAAAUACUUAAAAAUAGGUAAAUACUAUAUAUAUUACAUAUUAUAUAUAUAUAUAUAUAUAUACAUAUAUAGAUAUAUACAUAUUUUUAUAUCUACAGAUGCGUCCGCACGGAUUUUCGAUUAAAUUCUUGCGUGUGACAAAUCCUCCGUUUCAUAGAUCUUUCAAUAUUCGAGUUCCGCGAGAUGGCAAAGUGCAUUACAACGUUUUACUCGAUUUACCUGAUCUGUACGUCCUGCGAAUCCUACCGGAUAGGUAUUCGCGUGUAUUUAUACUCGCAGAAAAAAAAGAGAAAAAUUGCAAUUUUAAUUCAUUCGUACGGCUUAAAAACAUAAUGAAUCAGACACGCGCGUGUGUCGAGCAAGGGUAAGAGAUCAAUUAAUGCUAUAAUUAGAACGGAAACUACAGUAAGGAAUAAGGCUGGUGAGAGAAAGAGGCGGAGAGAGUAUACAAUAACGCAGUUAGCUAAAUGAACUAUUUUCGAACAAAUAGAGAGGAUAUACUACAUAGAGAAUACACUGUAUUUUCAUUCGUUAGAGUAUUUUACGAAACUUCCGUGAAAAUCGUUUCCGCUUAUUACGACUUAUCAAUUGUUAAUUAAUUAACCGACAGAUUAGUGCGAGAAAACUUAGAAAGCAGAGCAAAAGCGAUAUACUUAACUAUUGUGAUAGCGAGCAGAAAAACCACUCGAACAGCAAGAUGAUAUCUUCGAGCACUUGAUGUUAGUAACGAGUUUGUAACGCAGAUUUUAGCGACGUUUAACCGAUCCGUAGAAUAUUAUCAACACAUGUACAGACAGACACACACAGACACACGCAACACACAGAUACACCCACAUGCGUCACUAUUCAUUGAUAUUACGUUGUAACAAAAGAUUAUCGAAGUGAAUUGUUACGGAGCGAUAGAGAAUGAUUGUAAAUAAUCUAGUGAACGUACAGUAUUAAAAGAGAAGUAAUAAUUAGGAAUAGGCUCUCAGUAGCUAAUUUACGCCUUAAAUUAGCGACCGAAAAAAAAUAAAAGUUAUUUUACUUC